AUGGCUGGUCGAGAACGAGAUAUGUUUAGAAAGUAUGAAUCGGGUAGUGCUAAAAGACAGAAAAAACGAAAGAAUGAAGAGUUUAUUAAUAAACAACGCGGCUCCAUUAAUAGAUUUAUUUCAUUGAAAAGAGAUGAUUCAGAUGGAGAUAAGUCGCUUAAAAGUGAUAAUAAUGAUGAAGAAAAUAACUUAAAAAGUAAUAAAGAAGGCGAGUCAUCGAAAAAUGAAAAAGAUAAUUUAGAUGCAGAUGAAGAUAAGUUGUUUAAAAGUGAUGAUAAUACUGAAAAAAAUAACUUAAAAAGUGACGAAGAAGGUCAGUUGACUAUUUACAAUUUGGAUGAGUGGAAGGAUCCAGGAAAUUGGCCAAAUAAUAUAAGCCAAGAAGUUAAAUACAAAAUUGUUGAGUUAGGACCUACCCAUUUAAAGAUUUUCGACUUUCCAGCUACAAUUCAAAGCGAUGGAUCUCAGAGAAAAUUUUCUCCAAAAUUAUUUUACCGAAUAUUAGCAAAUAAUGAAAAAGUAGAUCGUGUUUGGCUUGUAUACUCUCCAAUCAAAGAUUGCGUAUUCUGUUUUUGCUGUAAAAUUUUUAUAAAUGAAAAAUGUCACAGUGAUUUGGCAACAGUAGGUAUAAGUGACUGGAGACAUGUGUCGGACAAGUUAAUAUCUCAUGAAAGAUCGCAACACCACGUUCAGUCUGUCAAGUCUUGGUUCGAAUUAAAAACUAGAAUAGAAAUGGAUGAAACAAUCGAUAAAAAACAUCAAGCGUUGAUCGAAAAAGAACAAAAUCAUUGGAGAAAUGUACUUAUUCGAAUUUUAUCAAUAAUUCAAUUUUUAGCUUCAAAUAAUGAUUCAUUUAGAGGUUCUUCGGACGUUUUGUAUACUAAGAGUAAUGGAAAAUUUCUCGGUAUGAUAGAAAUGUUGGCCAAGUUCGAUCCUGUUAUACUGGAACAUGUAAAUCGAAUUAAAAAUAAAGAAACCCAUGUUCAUUAUUUAGGGCAUGAGAUACAAGAUGAACUCAUAAAAAUGAUGGCAGCUGAAGUAAAGAAAAAAAUAAUCGAUUCAAUAAAGACAGCUAAAUAUUUUUCAAUCAUAAUGGAUACAACUCCAGAUAUUAGUCACAUCGAACAACUUACAAUUCUUAUUAGAAUUGUAAAUAUGGAUGAAAAAAAUACGAAAAGUGCUCCAGCGAUAAAAGAAUAUUUUUUAGAUUUCAUUAAUGUAAAAUCAACAACGGGAUUGCAUUUAUCAGAAAUACUUAUUUCACAACUAAAAAUAUAUAAUAUAGAUCUUAAAGACUGUCGAGGUCAAGCCUAUGACAACGGCUCUAACAUGGUCGGACAAUAUAAAGGAGUACAGUCUCGAAUUUCAAACAUAAAUUCUAGGGCUUUUUUUACACCAUGUACUGCUCACAGUCUUAAUCUAGUUCUCUGUGAUGCAGCGAAAAACUCACUAAGGGCCAUCACUUUUUUUGGUAUAUUACGUCGCGUAUAUACUUUAUUCUCAGCUUCUGUUAGUCGCUGGGAUAUAUUAAAAAGUAACUGUAAACAAUUUACAGUAAAACAGUGGUCCGAAACUCGAUGGGAGAGUCGUUUAAAUAGCGUUAAAGCAUUGCGUUUUCAGCUGCCAUUUAUAAUGAAUGCUCUAGAAGAAGUUUCUGAUGACACUAAUGAUUUGGUAGCAAGAAGUGAAGCUCUAUCGUUAUUAAAAGAAAUUUCUAGUUAUGAAUUUAUUUUAAGUCUGAUCAUUUGGUACGACAUUUUAAUGGAAACGAAUAUCGUAAGUAAAAGUCUACAGAACCAUAACAUGGACAUAUGUGUUUCAACCAAAUUGGUUUUUGGUCUUCUUGAAUAUUUAAAAAAUUACAGAGAAAUUGGUUAUGAAUCAGCCAAAAUCAAAUCAAAUGAAUUAGUAAAUUUAGUUGGCACAGAAUCAGUCUUCAAAAAAUGUAGACUUAGAAAAAAAAAGAAAUUAUUUGAUUAUGAAGCUAAUGAUGAAGUUAUUGAAAAUGAAGAAGAACAUUUUAAAAUAACAUAUUUCUUUGUCAUAUUGGACCAGGCUAUUAAAUCAUUGGAUAAACGUUUUAAACAACUGGAAUCAUAUUCAAAUAAUUUUGGUUUUCUAUACCACAUUGGUAAAUUAAAAGAUAUGCAAGACGAUGAACUAAUGAAGUGUUGCAAAGACCUACACUUAGUUCUUUCGGACGAAUCUUCUAAAGAUAUAGAUGGACAGGAUUUAUUUGCGGAAAUUGUGAUUUUUCGAACUUUAGUUGACGAAGAAGUUACACCUCUUCAAGCUUUGGCAGAGUUAAAAAAAAUUGGUGGUUCAUUUCCAAAUAUUACAAUUUCAUUACGAAUAAUGUUGACGAUACCAGUAGCAUCGGCUUGUGCAGAAAGAAGUUUUUCAAAACUCAAAAUAAUUAAGUCGUAUUUAAGAAAUUCAAUUGGACAAGACAAAUUAUCGGACCUUGCAUUGCUUUCAAUUGAACAAGAGAUAUCAAAAUCGAUAAAUUAUGAAGAAGUCAUCAACGCAUUUGCUCAGAGUAAAUCGAGAAAAAAAAUAUUUUAA